AUGCCUCUCAACAUCCUCAUCGUAGGCGCAGGCAUCGCCGGCCCAGCCCUAGCCAUCCUCCUACAAAAAGCAGAUCCCAACAGCAAAAUCACAAUAGUGGAACGCUAUUCCUCGCUACGCACCGCAGGCCAGCAGAUCGACCUGAAAACCCAAGGCGUCGAGAUCCUACAGAAAAUGGGACUCAUGGACACAAUGAAGUCCCAUUGUGUCAACGAAACGGGUCUCGAAAUCCUAGACACGAGCGGGAAGCAACUAGCGCUCUUCGGAAUUAAUCCGUCCGGUGAGAAACGGCUUACUCUGACAUCCGAGUGCGAGAUCAUGCGUGGUGAUGCAGUGGAGAUUCUAUAUGAAGCCAGCCUCAAGCAAAACGCAGCACUCAAAGAAGAGCGAGCGGGAAAGGGUGAGCUGGUUUAUGAAUUCAACAAGACAAUCACAGAUCUCACGCAACAUGAUGAUGGCGUGGAUGUCACCUUUUCCGACGGCCAGAAAAAACAGUUCGAUCUCGUCGUCGCGGCAGACGGGCAAGGGUCGCGGACCAGGCGUAUGGCGUUCGGCCAGGAGGCCAACGACGCGGCCUUCAAGUCCCUCGGGGUCCACGCCGCCUACUACAGCAUCCCCCGGAUCCAAGGCGAAGGGGGUCUCGCAAAGGCGUACAGCGCUCCGGGAAGGAGACUAGUAAUAACGAGGACGAGCGGCCGUCCGAUGACUCAAGUGCUUCUCUUCACCAUGGGAGACAGGGAGAAGUUGAGGAAAGUAUACAAAGAGCCGGUGGAGAAGCAGAAAGAAGCGUUUGCGGAAGCGUACAGAGGCGCUGGAUGGGAGACCGAACGGUUGCUGAGUGGAAUGGCUACCUGUACUGAUUUUUACGCGCAUGAGGUGGGGCAGAUCAGGAUGGACCAGUUGUAUAAAGGUCGGGUCGUUCUCCUUGGAGAUGCGGCCUACUGCCCGAGCCCUUUCACAGGCAUGGGGAUAACAUGUUGUCUGAUAGGCGCGUACGUGCUCGCCGGCGAAUUGGCUCGGCACGGUAACGAUGUGUCGCGAGCACUCAAGGGAUACGAGGAGAUAGCACGGCCUCCGAUCAACGAUUACCAGGACUUGCAGACCAAGUUUCUAGGGAAUUUCUUCCCGUCUUCGCAGUUGGGUAUUUGGGUCCUGCGUAAACUUCUGUGGGUUGUGUCGAAAGUCGAACCGAUCACCUACAGACCGCGGGCUGAGGAGAAUCAAGGCUGGAAGGUUCCAGAGUAUCCCGAGUUGAAGCUUCAAUCGUGA